UGCUUUCAUAACGUUCGGUACGCAUUCAUGUUUAAUCACACUGUUCUUUUUCAUAUGUACAUAACGGCUAAAAGGUAUAACCGAAUACCUAUAGAGUAAACAAAUGUGAUGCUUAACGGCAUAAAUCAGUAUAAAAUUUUAAAUUAAUUCUGUAAAAUUUAAACAAAAAAAAAAGUGAAUAUUAUUGAAAAGUAUUGCAUCUCUAUAUAUGCAUAAAUCAGAAAACAGUUGUUUUUCCACCUAUUUGUUAGGCUAAAAAUUAAAAUUCUAACUAAUUAAAUGCACUCACAUACAUAUGUAUUUAUAAUUAAAAAUUCAUACACUCAGAAACAAUGAAACAAGUGUGUUUGUGUAUAUAUGCAUUAUUGUGUUCCGCAAACAUCUACAUAAUAAUAACUUCUAUAUAACCACUAUUGGAUUGACACAGUUACGUUCUGCACUAAGAGCAUACAUCGAUGAGAACAUCUACCAAGAAAGUAAAAAUAUGAAAAUAUAUUAAACCCUUUGGUUAAAGUGAUAGUGAUGCCAGGUGAUGUUUUUUAAUCUUUUCACUAUACACAUUGUGCGAGUGAAUAUUUAUUUUACACGGUUGUAUCUGUUGAACUCAUAAAGUAGUUGAUAUACUGGUGAAACACAUGUCACGCAUACCAAAACAUCCACAAAUGGUCAUUAUUUACCAUUCACUUUAGUGUGGUAAAACGUUGAUAAAAUCUCACACAUAUGGAACGACGGAAUUUAUUUAUGAACGUAUGUAUGUAUGCAUGUAAGUGACUGAAUGUGCAUACAAAUUCAGAUACUUUGUAAGAGUAUAAACAUACAAACAGUUACUUAUGCUUAUCUGUUUCCAUUCUCAAGUGUAAAAUACUUGCAAAACCAUACGAAGAAUAGUUGCUCUUAUUGUUAUAAGAAAAAUCAGUAAAAAGAAAUCAGAAACAAAAAGUUCAUAUUAAGUGAAAAAUAAAAAGCGGAAAAUAUUAAAAAAAUUUAUAUACAAAAAUUAUAACGUGCUUUGGAUUAAAAAUAAUUUGAAACAGCAUAAAUAGUGACUGCAAAAUAUAGUCGAUAACCGAAACAAAAAUUCCCAUAUAAUUCAAGAGCUUAAAGUAACAAUAUAUUAAGUGAUAUUAGAUCACUGAAACUAAGAAAACGGCGUUAAAAUAUCUUCAUUAACUUGCCUGAAACAAAAACUCUCGCUCUUCUAACUUGCACACGUAUAUACCAGUACAUAGUGACAGACAUCCAUUUACGGUAUGAGCGGAAAUGCAAAAAACCAACAGGAUUUCUGCAAUACCAUCCAUACCUUUUAGGAACGGAUUUUAAAGUGAUGAAAAACAUACUUUAAGUAAUGAAGAUAAGUUAGAUGGAGAGUAGGACUUGUGGUGGUAGAGGUGCUGUUAUUCUUGCUGAUGUUCUUGCUAUUAAUGUGCUGCUCAAAUUAGUGGUGUAAAAAUGGUGACGUGAAUGGGUGGUAGCGAAAAAAUCCUGACACAAAAAUGAUUGGACGAAGAAAAUAUUAUCAUUGGUUUAAUUGGUUUGUAGCUAUUUGGAUUAUUAUUUCUGAUAUCAGUUUAAAUGCUGAUUGUCUAAAGGACUUGAAAAUUUUCGUGCCAGAUGCCGUAAUUAUGGGAAACGCUGCAACAUUGUCAUGUCAGUAUGAUCUGGAACAGGCGGCCUUGUAUUCAGUGCGUUGGUAUUUUGGUACGGAGGAAUUCUAUCGUUACGUGCCAAAGGAGUCACCACCUACAUUAGUGUUUCCCGUGUCUGGAAUUAAUGUUGAUUUGACAAAUUCUGAUGCCACCUCUGUUACUCUCAAAGGAGUUACACGUGAAUUGACCGGAAAUUAUCAGUGCGAAGUAUCAGAAGAUGCUCCGCUUUUUCACACCGAUAUACGAUCUGCUCAUAUGCAGGUUAUUGAAUUGCCAAAAGAUGAUCCCACCAUGCAAGUAGAUAAGAAAGUCAUAACGGCAAAUGACAACUUUAAGGCCGUUUGUACGAUUGGCCCUUCAUAUCCGUCAGCAAACAUUACUUGGUAUAUUAAUGGAAGAAAGGUUUAUAAAACACCAUUCCAACGAAUAACGCAGGAUACAUAUGAGGGAUCAGCAACAUAUUCCUCCCUUGAAAUUUACCCACACAGCCAGGUGCUGCAGGGCUUUUUCCAAGCCGUUCCCAAAUAUCAAACUAGUAUUCUUCUACUGUGCGAAGUGUCGAUAUUACAUGUUUUUCACAAAAAUGUACAGCAGCGUUUAAUGCUAAGUAUAGGGCCACCCACAACAAUUUCACCUAAUCUCUUAGGGCUCGAGGGUUCAAAACAUUUAAAUGGUGAUCCAGACAAUUCCGCCUUAACGGGAGGAGCUACUAGAAUAGCAAAAACAAUAACACUAACAACACAGUUGACAGCAACAGCAAAUAUACUUUUGCCCGUAGCAUUUGUGUUUAUAUGUUUCCUCUGCAGCAGUAGUUGGAGUCAUAGUGUAUCAUUGAUUGCUGCGCACCAACAACGGCAUCGGCGUCAACUGUGACCAAAUGGUCUUGAUUGUUUAUAAAUGUUUAAUAAUAUAAAAGCAACAACAACCAUACUCUGUUUUGUUGUAUUCAAUAAAUAAAUGAAAAAAUAAAUUAAAUUAAAUUUAUAACAAAUGAAAACCAUAGAAAUAGGUAUAAUACAAAAACUCAUAUAUACACAGAAAUACACACACACAAAUAAAAUAUUGAAACAAUAUGCAAAUAAAUAGAAUAAAUUGUGAGAAAAACUUAAAUAAAUAAUAAACAUUCAAUAAUAAGAGGGAGAUUGGAAAUUAGUGAGAUAAUUUUUAUUUAUGUUGUUUGAUAAACAAAACAAAAAAUUAAUUAAUAUUAAAAAUAAUAUUAUUAAUAUUUUACGUAUUAAUAUAUAAAAUUGUUUAAUUAAUUUUUAUACAUAAUUUGUAAAGAACAAAACAAAAAAUAAAAUGAUCAAAAACAAAGUAUUUAUGUUAAUUCAACAAGUGAUUAAAAUAUGUAUAUGUAUGUAUAAUAUACAUAUGAGUGUAUACAAGUCGACCUUCUAAAUACAUAAAAGCAGAUUGAACCAAUCGAAAUCGUUGUUUGACUCUGUUGUCUGAAAAUUUCAAAAAUAUACAAUUUUAUUCGAAAAAUUACAAUAGUUCAAAAUUAAUUAUUUUUGGAAUUUCGAAAAACAUUUUGAAUGAAAUUUCCUAAAAUAAAUUUGUUCUUUAUACAUUUUCAUAUAAAAAAGGAAAACUAAAAUUAUAAACUUAUAAAAAAAUUACCGUAUUAACAGUAUACAGAUAAAUUUAUUUUAUAACCACCUCAUAAAAAAUGUCCACAUCCUUUUAAUGUGGAAACUUUGUGAAUUGGUGUUUCCAACUUAAAAAAUAUAUGUAUAUAUAUUUACUGUUAUCCAGCCUUGUUUAAGAUUCUUGCAUAAAGUAGAGUGCUGAAUUAUUUUAAAUUAUAAAAAACAAUAACCGUCUGCCAUAAAACAAUUUAACAAAAAUAAAAUUCAAUUUCCAUUAGAAAAUUGUGUCAAAUUGUAAAAAAAAACAACAAUUGAAGAGUGAAAAACUAACAAGUAGAACUAAUUAAAUUACAACUUUAAUAAAAUAAUAAAUAUUAAAAUUCCAAGGCAAAAUAAAUUAAAAAUACAUAUUUAUAUAAUUAAAAAGAUAAUAAAAACUAAGUUAGAAUACAUAUGAAUGUACAUAUGUACAAGCUUUCUAUGUAUAUACAUAUAAAACAAAUAACUAAAUUGUAAAAAAGACCUACUCACACAAACAUACAUUAAAUAAUCGACACACUGAUUAUAUAAUUCAAUCAAAUACACAUACAUUCAUACAAGUAACGAUUCAAAUACCAAAUUCUACAAGUUUUUACAUAAGAACGAAAAUUAACAAUUUCUUUAAAAAGAAAAUUUGUAAAAAAAAAAAUAAAAAAUAAGGAAAUUUUUUUAAGCUAAACGAAUAUUUUUAUUUUGUAAAAAUCGAAUUUUUAAAAUGUUGCAAUUUAAAAACA